AUGGCGCCUUUUGGCGGGAAAUCUUUAGUUGACGCUGUUUCUGGCAUCGGAGGCAAUGGAGUUGGCCGGGUUCUGGCCGCGGUGGCUGCCGCUAUGUUGGUCCGCUUGUUUUCAGGACCCGGCAUCGCCCUUUUACCCGAAAACGACGCCGACGGUGAUUUCUCUGAGACGGAAGGAUCAGGAGGAGAGGAAGACGGAGAGUCGUCUCCGGGGAAAGUUCGCCCAGUGACGAUACGGUGGAGGAACAUCACGUGCUCGCUCUCCGAUAAGACCUCCAAAUCGGUGCGGUUUUUGCUGAAAAAUGUCACCGGGGAAGCAAAACCUGGGAGAUUGCUAGCGAUAAUGGGACCUUCUGGAUCUGGGAAAACAACAUUGCUCAAUGUUCUAGCUGGACGGCUUAGUUCAUCACCACGUUUGCAUUUGUCAGGUCUCUUGGAGCUCAAUGGGAAACGGAGCACAAGCAAAGCUUAUAAGAUUGCGUUUGUGAGACAGGAGGAUCUCUUCUUCUCGCAGUUGACUGUGAGGGAAACGCUUUCUUUCGCAGCGGAGCUUCAGCUCCCGGAGAUCUCUUCUCCUGAGGAGAGGGAUGAGUAUGUGAACAACCUCUUGUUCAAACUUGGUCUGGUCAGUUGUGCAGAUUCAUGUGUUGGUGAUGCAAAAGUUCGUGGGAUCAGCGGUGGAGAAAAGAAGAGGCUGUCACUUGCAUGUGAAUUGAUCGCUAGUCCGUCUAUCAUAUUUGCUGAUGAACCAACAACCGGGCUUGACGCCUUCCAGGCUGAGCAAGUGAUGGAGACGUUGCGGAAGCUUGCAGAGGAUGGACACACUGUGAUCUGCUCCAUACACCAGCCUAGAGGUUCGGUGUAUGCUAAAUUUGACGACGUUGUGUUACUCACAGAAGGAGUUUUAGUCUAUGCCGGCCCUGCAGGGAAAGAGCCUCUGACAUAUUUCGGGAACUUCGGGUUUCUUUGCCCAGAGCACGUAAAUCCUGCUGAGUUUCUAGCUGAUCUUAUAUCAGUUGACUAUAGCUCUUCGGAGAGUGUCUACUCUUCGCAGAAGAGAGUACAUGCUCUUGUUGAUGCGUUCUCUAAGCGUUCAUCGUCGAUUCUGUAUGCCACUCCCCUCGGCAUAAAAGAAGAAACGAAGAACAGCAUGAGACCUCGCAGGAAAGCCAUUGUUGAGAGAAAAGAUGGUUGGUGGAGGCAGUUUUUCUUGCUGCUUAAGCGUGCAUGGAUGCAGGCUUCUCGAGAUGGGCCAACAAACAAAGUCCGAGCAAGAAUGUCUGUUGCAUCUGCUCUGAUAUUUGGAUCCGUUUUCUGGAGAAUGGGCAAGUCUCAGACGUCAAUUCAGGAUAGAAUGGGUUUGCUUCAGGUUGCUGCAAUAAACACGGCAAUGGCAGCUCUCACAAAGACAGUAGGUGUCUUUCCUAAAGAGCGUGCCAUUGUUGAUAGAGAGCGGUCCAAAGGGUCUUACUCUUUAGGCCCUUACCUGCUCUCCAAAACAAUAGCUGAAAUCCCCAUUGGAGCUGCGUUUCCUUUAAUGUUUGGUGCUGUACUAUACCCCAUGGCUCGUCUAAAUCCCACUUUGUCAAGAUUUGGAAAGUUUUGUGGGAUAGUGACAGUGGAGUCUUUUGCUGCUUCAGCGAUGGGUCUAACUGUUGGGGCUAUGGUCCCAAGCACAGAAGCUGCAAUGGCUGUGGGACCAUCUCUCAUGACAGUUUUCAUCGUCUUUGGAGGUUACUACGUCAAUGCAGACAACACCCCAAUCAUCUUCCGUUGGAUCCCUCGCGCUUCAUUGAUCAGAUGGGCCUUCCAAGGACUCUGCAUCAACGAAUUCAGCGGCCUCAAGUUUGAUCAUCAGAACACAUUCGACGUCCAAACCGGAGAACAGGCGCUAGAACGACUGUCGUUUGAAGGAAGCAGGAUAAGGGAGACGAUAGGAGCUCAAAGCCGGAUUCUGAUGUUCUGGUAUUGCACUACGUACCUUCUACUGGAGAAGAACAAACCAAAGUAUCAAAAGCUUGAGCUUCUUCUUGACAAUGGAGAUGCUGAGAAUCCAGGAGUGCUGCUGGAGCCUCUGGAUGAAGCAGAGGCUGAUCAAGCUGAGGAGGAGCCUGAAGAUGAUAUCAAGCAGCCACUUGACGAUCAAAGUCAAACAUCGUCAUCAUCAUCGGAGGAUCUUGAUGAAAUCCGUCCUUUUGUCCUCGAAGGUAGCGAGUGA